UGUCCUUGUAAUGAUGAGUAUAAAAAAAAUCAAAUUUUGCAUGUGUAUCAGACUGGAACACAAUUUCAGGAUCGAUAGAUUCACAUCAGGCAGUUUUGUGGCCAGUUUCGUGAUGUCUAUCUUGUGAUUUAUAUUAGUAUAUUAUAUUUGGAAAAUCGCCUCUAUCAUUCAUUCCAACGUCAAUGUUAAACUUUUCAGUGUUUCAUUUGGUGAAUUGUAUUGUCCAAUUUCUAUUGAUAUUUAUGCAUUACAGACAGUUUUGUUUCUUUUGUCUUGAGUACUAGGCCCUAUCUCAGACUGCUUCAUACUGUAAUGAACAAUAGGUGGUGGCAAAGUACUACGCAUCUUGCGAGGAAGAAAUACGCCGGCGUACACACGUGUCUCGGACCCUGCAUACAUGAUAGGGACAGUCAGCUAGUAGCUAGUGAGCUAAAAUAAAAUAACCUUAUCUAGCUAGCCACUUGAUUACUCGACCAUGGACCUACCUGCAGAUAUCAAAGCGUUCCUUCUGAAUCACCCAUUUCUUGAAUUUACGGAUGACGGUAAAAAGAUUAAAUGCACACUCAAUGGACAUGAUUGUCCUUGCAACCUCACAGAGCUCCAGAAAUUCACGAAAGGGAAGAAAUAUCAGAAACUAAGUUCUACCGCAGAGUUCAACUAUGGUCAAUAUGAACCUCAUGUUGUGCCCAGCUCGAAGCAACCCAAUCAUCUCUUCUGCAAGUUAACACUCAGACAUAUCAAUCGCCUGCCACACCAGGUCUUACGGCAUGUCAAUGGCAAGCGGUUCCAAAAAGCAAAGAAGAAAUAUGAAGCGUGUGUACAACAGGGAGUGGAGUACAUUCCAGCCAGCCUCCGACAGAAGAAGCCCAGAGAUAGAGAUGGGGAGAGGGGGCGCAACACCCAUCGGGGGAAUACCCAGCGGGGGAAUGGAGCGUGGGCUCCUGACUCCGGCGACGAGGGUGGCAGCGACUCAGAGGACAGCAUGAGUGACCUGUACCCAUCCUCUUUAUUUUCUCUGCAAAAAGAGACUGGGGAGGGUAUGGAGGCGGAAAAAGAGGAUGACUUUAAAACGGAUGACGAUGAGGAGAUGGAAGUUGAUAAACAGGCGCCACAGAAACGCAAAAAGGUUCAGUCUGGUGGUUUCCAGAAGAAAUUCAAGAAUCAUAACUUGAAAAGAAAAGGUUUAAAGACCAAUGUGAAAGUAAAAAAUGUAAAAUAAAGGUGAAUAUAAAACGUU